CUCAACAACAUCAAUGGACCACUAUGCUGUACGACAGAGAGUCACCGAUAUGCAGGCCGACUCAUCUGACCAGACAGCGAGUGGACCACAGCUAAGACUAACUGGGAACACGAAAGAAAACAUCUUUUUGUUCGUCCCAAAUCUCAUAGGUUUGUUGGACCCGGAGAUAAAAUAUGCAACCACUGAAGGUGAAUCUANNGGCUAUGCACGAAUCAUCCUCGCUGUAGUAUCUCUCUACUUCAUGCCAAUUCACCCUCGCCGCUGCAGCGCUAUCUACGCAGCAUCAUGUCUUCUCGACGCACUCGAUGGCUAUGCAGCCAGAAAGCUGAACCAAGGCACUAAGUUCGGUGCUGUACUGGAUAUGGUGACCGAUCGAUGUACGACCACUUGCAUGCUUGUGUUUCUAGCUACUGCAAUGCCUAGAUGGGCUAUGUUGUUUCAAUUGCUCAUUAGCCUUGAUUUGGCAAGCCAUUAUGUGCAUAUGUAUGCUACACUGAGCAUGGGCGGUGGUGAACAAAGUCAUAAGGAAGUUGAUGCUGAGAGGAGUUGGUUGCUGCAUCUGUACUACUCGAACAAGGUAAAUCUGGAGGACACUGCUGUCAGUUCUGUGAUUCGGGCUAACCUGAUCNAGGUUGUUUUGUUUACGCUCUGUUUAAUGAACGAGUUGUUCUUCAUCGCCUUGUAUCUCCUCGCUUUUGCCGAUCAAGAUACUUUGCUAGCGGAGUCUCAGGUGACAGCAGUCAUUCAAAGCCAGCCAUGGUCCGCAGGGGCCAUGGAGGUUGCUCGUUUUGUGCCAAAAGCACUAGUGUCGCUGUCUUUGUUUCCGAUGCUGGUCAAGCAGUGGAUCAACGUACAGCAACUGAUCAUCGCAAGUCAAUGGCUUGCUGAAGGCGACGCUGCAGAGCGUGCAAAACGAGAC